UCACCGCGCUCCGGGCCGCGACAUGGCGGUCCUCGGAGUGCAGCUGGUGGUGACCUUGCUCACUGCUACCCUCAUGCAUAGGCUGGCGCCGCACUGCUCCUUCGCGCGCUGGCUGCUCUGCAAUGGCAGUCUCUUCCGAUACAAGCACCCAUCAGAGGAAGAGCUUCGGGCCCUGGUGGGGAAACAGAGGCCCAGAGGCAGGAAGGAGCGUUGGGCCAAUGGCUACGGUGAGGAGAAGCCGUUGUCUGUGCCCCGAGACGCCCCUUUCCAGCUGGAGACCUGCCCCCUCACGGCCGUCGAUGCCCUCGUCCUGCGCUUCUUCCUGGAGUACCAGUGGUUCGUGGACUUCGCCGUGUACUCCGGCGGCGUGUACUUCUUCACAGAGGCCUACUACUAUGUGCUGUGCCCGGCCAAGGAGACCAACAUCGCCGUGUUCUGGUGCCUGCUCACCGUGGCCUUCUCCAUCAAGGUGUUCCUGACAGUAACCCGGCUGUACUUCAGUGCGGAGGAGGGGGGCGAGCGCUCCGUCUGCCUCACCUUCGCCUUCCUCUUCCUGCUCCUGGCCAUGCUGGUGCAGGUGGUGCGGGAGGAGACCCUCGAGCUCGGCCUGGAGCCAGGCCUGGCCAGCAUGACCCAGAACUUGGAGCCACUUCUGAAGAUGCAGGGCUGGGACUGGGUGCUCCCUCUGGCCAAACUGGCCAUCCGUGUGGGGCUAGCGGUCGUGGGCUCCAUGCUGGGUGCCUUCCUCACCUUCCCAGGCCUGCGGCUGGCCCAGACCCACCGGGAUGCCCUGACCAUGUCAGAAGACCAGCCCAUGCUGCAGUUCCUCCUGCACACCAGCUUCCUGUCCCCUCUGUUUGUCCUGUGGCUCUGGACCAAGCCCAUUGCACGGGACUUCCUGCACCAGGCACCUUUUGGGGGUACACCCUACUCCCUGUUGUCCGACGCGGCCUUCGACUCGCUGCGCCUCUGGGUGCUGGUGGCUCUGUGUCUGCUGCGGCUGGCGGUGACCCGGCCCCACCUGCAGGCUUACCUGUGCCUGGCCAAGGCCCGCGUGGAGCAGCUGCGGCGGGAGGCCGGCCGCAUCGAGGCCCGCGAGAUCCAGCGGCGAGUGGUGCGGGUCUACUGCUACGUGACAGUGGUGAGUCUGCAGUACCUGACGCCGCUCAUCCUCACGCUCAACUGCACGCUGCUGCUCAAGACGCUGGGUGGCUACUCCUGGGGCCUGGGCCGGGUCACCCCGCUGUCUCCCGCCCCAUCCACGGGCAGCGAUGGCCCGGUCGGCCCCUGGGAGGACGAGACCCAGCAGACUGCGGCCCGGAUCGCCGGGGCCCUGAGCAGCCUGCUCACGCCCCUCUUCCUCCGCGGCGUCCUCGCCUUCCUCAUCUGGUGGACCGCCGCCUGCCAGCUGCUCUCCAGUCUCUUCGGCCUCUACUUCCACCAGCACCUGGCGGGCUCCUAGCCGACUAUGGGACACGGGCGCCCCCUCCGCUUGUGCCUCAGUGUCCCCAGGUGCAAGGCAGGCCUGGGAGUCCCCGCUGUGCCCGUCCCUUUACCACAGUGCCUGAGCCAUGACUCCCUUGGACCCUCAGCUUCGGCCUGGAAACUGUCUUGGGCCGGGUGGCAGAGGGUCCCACGG